GACAGCCUGCGCGAGGUCGAUCACGCGCGCGAGGAGUACGAAAAGUUUGAGCGCGUGACGUACGUCGCGCCGAAGGAGCUCGCGGACGUGGACGUCGGCGCGGCGCGGGCGGCGGCGGACGCGCGCGCGAGCGGCGGCGCGGAGGACGUCGCGCCGAUCUCGCGGUUCGGUCAAGGCGGCGCGUUGGACGUCGAUUGCCUGCGGGCGCUGCGGCGGAUGGGAUACGAAUCGCCGACCGCGGUUCAGGCGCAGUGCUUGCCGGUGAUCUGGAGCGGGCACGAUGCGUUGGUGAUGGCGAAGACGGGGUCGGGGAAGACGCUGGCGUUUUUGCUGCCGGCGUACGCGCAAAUUUCCAGGCAAAGGCCGUUGACGAAGCGCGAGGGCCCGAUCGCGCUCGUGCUCGCGCCCACGCGCGAACUCGCGUCGCAGAUCGCGAACGAGGCGCACAAGUUUACGAAAUUUGGCGUAUCGGGGGCGCGAUGUUGCGCAAUCUUCGGCGGCGUCUCCAAGCGCGACCAAUUCAAAAAGCUUCGCGCGGGAGCGGAGAUCGUCGUCGCGACGCCCGGGCGUUUGGUGGACGUGCUGUGCAUGAAGAAUUCGACAAAUUUACGUCGCGUCACGUACUUGGCGCUGGACGAAGCCGACCGAAUGCUUGACAUGGGUUUCGAAAAAAUCGUACGCUCGAUUUGUCAGGCGGUUCGUCCCGACAGGCAGUGCGUGAUGUUUAGCGCCACGAUGCCCGCGGCCAUGCAGCGAUUGGCUCGCGACGUUCUCGCGCGAGACGCUGUCACUGUCUCCAUCGGUAACGUCGGAGGCGCGAAUGAGGACGUGCGACAAGUCGUGUACGUCUUCGAAGACGACGCUCGCCGCGCGGCUUGGUUGUUUGAAAAUCUCGGCGACGCCGUCGACGAAGGACAAGCCAUCGUCUUCGUCAAUCACAAGUCGUCCGUGGAAGAGCUCGUGAACGAGCUCGCGACGCGCGGAAUAAAAGCCGUCGCCUUGCACGGCGACUUGGAUCAAGCGCAAAGACAAUUCGCGAUGAAGGCUUUUAAGAGUGAGCACGCGCACGUGCUCGUGGCGACGGAUGUCGCCGCUCGCGGACUCGACGUUGAGGCGAUUAAAACCGUCGUAAACUUCCACCCCGCGCGCGAUAUGUCGACGCACGUGCAUAGAAUCGGUCGCACCGGUCGCGCAGGUGCGCUCGAUGGCCGUGCGUACACCUUGUUCACCGCGCGUGAUUCUGCAAAGUUCGCGCAGCAGUUGGAACAAAAUUUGGAAGCCGCGGGCCAACCGGUGCCGCUCGAUUUGAAGGCGCUCGCGCGCGGCACGUACAACAAACGCCCUAGAAGUGAUCACGGCGGCGACGCACCUCGGCACGGCAAGGUCGGCGGUAGGGGACUUGGUUUCACAUCGCACCAUCGGCCGAGCGCAGGC